CUUGGCGAGGACUUGGGAGGGACAGCGGCGCGGGGAGGUGGCUUAGCGGAGACUUUCCAGCAACUGCUGCCCAGGACUCUUUUUUUUUUUUUUUCUUUCCCCUUUCUCUUUUCCCAGGAGGCGACGGCGGCGGCCGGGGGGGAGAGGAAGAGAAGAGGCAGCGCGUCUCCCGCUCGAGCCUCUGCAGCCUGGCGGCGCCCCGGGAGCAGCGUCCCGACCCCCGAUGAGCCCCCGCCGCGCACUUCCAACGACCCCCGGGCGCCUGGGAUCGCUGCUGCUGCUUCGCACCGCCGGGUAGGAUGUGGUGAAAGAAUGGGGCUUCUCCCUCCCGGGGCUCACCAUGGCCAGAGAAGAUUCCGUGAAGUGCCUUCGCUGCCUGCUCUACGCACUCAAUCUGCUCUUCUGGUUAAUGUCCAUCAGUGUGUUGGCCGUCUCUGCAUGGAUGAGGGACUACUUAAAUAAUGUUCUGACCUUAACUGCAAAAACAAGGGUGGAGGAGGCAGUCAUCUUGACUUACUUUCCUGUGGUCCAUCCGGUCAUGAUUGCCGUUUGCUGUUUUCUUAUCAUUGUGGGGAUGUUAGGAUACUGUGGAACCGUGAAAAGAAAUCUGUUGCUCCUUGCAUGGUACUUUGGCAGUCUGCUUGUCAUUUUCUGUGUAGAACUGGCUUGUGGUGUUUGGACAUAUGAGCAGGAAAUUAUGGUUCCUGUACAGUGGUCAGACAUGAUCACUUUGAAAGCCAGAAUGACAAAUUAUGGUGUACCUAGAUAUCGGUGGCUGACUCACGCUUGGAAUUAUUUUCAGAGAGAGUUUAAGUGCUGCGGAGUGGUGUACUUCACGGACUGGCUGGAGAUGACGGAGAUGGACUGGCCCCCAGAUUCCUGCUGUGUAAGGGAAUUCCCAGGAUGCUCCAAACAGGCCCACCAGGAAGAUCUCAGCGAUCUUUACCAAGAGGGUUGUGGGAAGAAAAUGUAUUCCUUUUUGAGAGGAACCAAGCAACUGCAGGUGCUCAGGUUCCUGGGCAUCUCCAUCGGCGUGACCCAGAUCCUGGCCAUGAUUCUCACCAUUACUCUGCUCUGGGCUCUCUAUUACGAUAGAAGGGAGCCGGGGACAGAGCAGAUGAUGUCCCUGAAGAAUGACUCCACUCAGCCCCUGCCGUGCCACUCCGUAGAGCUGUUGAAGCCAAGCCUGUCGAGGAUCUUUGAGCACACCUCCAUGGCGAACAGCUUUAACACACACUUCGAAAUGGAGGAAUUGUAGAACAGAGAAUCCAGAGAAGGGAAAUUGCAGUUUUCCUCUGUUAGACUCGUGGACUUGUGAGCACCGACUUCUCUGUUUCAGAUAUGUGUAGAAACAAAACUGUUACCAGGAAAGCACAAUUUUCUGCCCUUGUGAAUGAAGAGGGAGGGCCAGAGAGAAGUUUUCGAAGAGUGAGGCACUUGCCUUGUAUGUGGCCAAUCUGGGUUCAGCUUCCUGCACCCCAAAUGGAACCCUGAUCCCUGGGCAUAGAGCCAGGAGUAAAUCCUGAGCACUCCCGGGCAUUGUCCCUACACUGAAAAAGGAAAAAAAAAGAAGAAUAAAACAAAAUGAAGAGAGAGGGCUUGAAGGGCUGAAGUUCAUUCUUACUUUGUGGGACUUUGGGGUUCCAAUUCCAGUACCACUCGAGCCUCUGAGAACUACUGGGAUUAGCCCUCAAACAUGCAGGGUGGGGCGUUUGCCUUGCACACGGCCAACCCAGGUUCGAUUCCCAGCAUCCCAUAUGGUCCCCCGAGCACCGAGCACUGCCAGUAGUAAUUCCUGAGUGCAGAGCCAGGAGUAACCCCUGAGCAUCGCUGGGUGUGACCUAAAAAUGCAAAAAACAAACAAACAAAACAACA